AGAGGAAGCGUGAUCAUAAACACACAAACUGAGUUUAAGCAGUUUCAGUCACAGGUCCGGAGAGAAUGAAGAACCAGUCUUGCUGCACCUGAAAAAAUGAGUACCGGUAAAAGCUCCUCCGCUGCAGGUCAACCUGCUGGGUCGGAUUGGGAUACAAAUGUCCGUAUAGCGUCUGUGGUCAUCUACUGCAUCAUCUGUGUGCUUGGAACCAUGGGCAACGGUCUAGUUAUCUAUGUGACAGGCUUCAGGAUGAAACAAACUGUCAACUCUGUUUGGUUUCUCAACUUGGCACUGGCUGACUUCCUCUUUACUGCCUUCUUGGUUUUCACAAUCAUCAGUACCUCCCAGGAUCACCAGUGGAAUCUGGGACGUGUCAUGUGCAAGCUCAACACCUUUGUAAUUGUGGUCAACAUGUUUGCCAGUGUCUUUCUUCUGCUGGCCAUAAGUCUGGACCGUUGCCUGGCCACUUGGGUGGUGGUGUGGGCACAAAACAAGCGCACAGUUCGCAAAGCCCAGAUCAUAUGUGCUGUCAUCUGGGCCGUUGCUGUAGCCUGCAGCACCCCAUAUGCCACUUUUCGUGAGGUUUUGCAGAUAAACAACGUGAAUCGCUGUACUUAUUCUGUGCCUCCCACAAGUAAAGAAUAUUUCACUCUUGCAAUUUUUCGCUUUGUAGCUGGAUUCCUCAUCCCAUUCUUGGGAAUAUUUGUUUCUUACUUGGCCAUAUAUGUUCGUGCAAGACGCCUACAGAGAAAAAGAAACAAGAGAUCUCGCAGAAUUAUAAUUGCUGUCAUUCUUGCAUUCUUCAUCUGUUGGCUGCCCUUCCAUGUCUGUCAGCUUAUAGAAUUACUGUCUAAAAACAAUCAAGUCUUGAGUAAUGUCCGUAAAAUUGGUCCUCUAAGUGUAUGCCUGGCCUUUCUGAACAGCUGCCUGAACCCUCUUCUGUACGUUUUUAUGGUUGAGGAAUUCCAGAAGAAGCUCAAGCAGUCUAUAUGCCAUGUCCUAGAAAGCGCCCUGGCAGAGGAACACUUGUCUUUGAUGUCAUCUCGCUCAUUGUCGUCACAUUUCUCACGGAAUACAAGGAAGUCUGAAACUGCUGAACCUGUGGAGACCAAGGAUACUGCCUCCUCCUUAUGCCACACAGAAAACAAAGUGGUCAUCACUGAUGACACAUUCAGCGAACAGUAACCAAAUCCACAUUUUGGAAUCAGACCCUGAGGAGCUUAAAGCACAAAUGGAGAAAAUUACAUUUUGAAAGAAAUAUUUGCAUUAAAAAACAACUUGGGCUUUACUUUUCAUUGGUAGUUAAUUUUAUUCACUUUGCUGUUCAGUUUAAAAUGUAGCUGACUGACUCCAUCGUUAACAGAUGAGUAGGUAUGAUGCACCAUGUAAAUAUGAAACAUCUUUGGUAACAAUGUAAAAUAUUUUGAUUAUAUGAUCCCUCAAUAAAUCAAUGCCUUUGUCCAGAACCUUAAUCUUUUACUUUCCAGCUUAUUGAAUUGGAUGAAUUACUGACUCAACAGUUUAUUCAAUAAAUCUUUAAUACUGAAGAACCAUUCUCCUCUUUCGAAAUUGGAAAUGGAUACAUAAGACAAACUGAAGGGUUAUUUAUCUGACUAGAGAGAGAUACAAUCUUGACAGAUAUGCAAACACUGCACAUAUCAGUUUGGAUGUUUUGCUCAUUUUGGUUUGACAAAAAAAAAAAAAAAAAAGACAAAAUUGGGAGAAAAAAGAAAUUCCAGACAUUUUCCUUAUUGAAGUUUAGCCCAAAUCACAGUGGAAAUCACAUAUACACAAUAAGCUUCUUCCAGCUCAUCUUCAUUCUCCAGCAGGUGUGUAUUAAAAUAAGCAGCCAAAUGUCACUACUGAAAAGAACAGGACUUUAAUCAGUCUUGGUAAUGCUGAGGAUACAAGGUUACUCAUGAGACAAAGAAGAGUGGGUUCUUUUAUUUGAGCAUUUGAACACUUCAAAUUAUGCAAAACAGUCCAACAUCACUGGAAAACAUUCUCACAAAUGAAACUGCUGAAAAAUUUCACUAACUCCUGUAAGAUACUCUUCACUACAAUGCAUAGGAAAUCAGAUCUAUUUAAGGCUCAGGGGUCUGUUAAACGUGUAUUUGUGAGUCCAAUUUCAUGGAUGACAGUUGUAUUCUGAUGGUGACUGCGACAGUAUGGCUGUUUUCCAGCUGCAUAGAAUCAGUUCUGUAGAAGACAGCUGUAAGGCGGCCCGUUAGCGAUCGUACAGCUCCUUCAUCUCCUUAAGAAUCUUAAUGCUCUCACUGUAUCUUAACUGGUUCUUGUUAGAGCACUCUUUCCAUCUGG